UUCAGCCCGGUGUCAUGAUUAUUAGAAAAAUACUGGCGUUUAAGCCACUCACAAAAGUCUUAUUUGUGGGAACUGGAGCUGGAGCAGGCUAUACAGCGUACACGGUAGAUUCCGUUGAAGACUUAAGACAAUUAGGACUGCUGAGAUUUGGGAGAGCUGCUUCAACCGUAGGGAAAAUUGUAAUUGACUACAAAACUUCAUUGCGUGGACUUCCAGAGCCAUCUUCUGAAUACGAUGAUGCAAUCAAAAAAUGUCACCAGCGAAGUGCGGAGCAUCUUUUGGAGUUGGCCUGUGUCAACGGAGGUGUUUUCAUCAAGGUUGGACAACACAUUUCGGGAAUGGAAUAUUUGAUACCACCAGAGUACACUCAAACAUUAAGCAUUCUCACCUCGCAAGCUCCACAAGCAUCCAAGGAGGAUGUCAUUUACGUCGUGGAGUCAGAAUUAAACGCAAAAGUCGGCGACCUAUUUUCGGAAUUUUCCGAAAAACCAGUUGGAGCGGCAAGCCUGGCACAAGUUCAUAAAGCAAAGCUAAAAGAAUCUGGGGAGACGGUUGCAGUUAAAGUUCAGCAUAAACGAGUUUACAAGAAUAGCAGGACCGAUGUUAACACUAUGGAAUUCUUAGUAAAAGUUGCCGAUGCAGUCUUUCCGGAAUUCCGUCUUAUGUGGCUAGUGGACGAAAUAAAGAAGAAUCUUCCAAAUGAACUUGAUUUUCUGCACGAAGCGAAAAAUGCCGAUGAAGCAGCUCAACGUUUCAAGCACCUGAAAUUUCUACGAAUUCCAAAGAUUAAAUACGAUUUGACUACAACGAGAGUACUCACCAUGGAAUUUUGUGAAGGAGCACAUGUUGAUGAUGUGGAAUACCUAAAAAAGAAUAAUAUUGAUCCACAUGAUGUUUGUAUGAAAAUAGGAAAAACUAUUUCUGAAAUGAUCUUUCUACAAGGAUAUUUGCACUCGGAUCCGCACCCUGGAAAUGUACUGAUCAACAGCCUAGGAAAUGGAAAAUAUGAAAUUGUGCUAUUGGAUCAUGGUUUGUACUUGAAUAUCAGUGAUCACAUUCGUAAACUGUAUUCCGAUCUUUGGCUGGCAAUUCUGAAGCCUGAUCUCCAAGAGAUCCGCAAAGUUGCAAGUCAAAUGGGAGUUGGGGAACUCUACGGUCUAUUUGCAUGCAUGGUCACUCGACGUUCUUGGAAGUCGGUCACAGGUGGAAUUGGAAAGUCGAAAAUGAAUGAAAGUGAAAAAGAUGAGCUUCGUAUGUAUGCUUCGUCGUUGAUACCUCAAAUCAGUGAAGUACUAGCACGAAUGCCACGAGAAAUGCUUCUUAUUUUAAAAACGAAUGAUUUGAUGAGAAACAUCGAGCAUAAAUUAGGAGUUUUUGGAUCAAGUGAUGGACAUAUUGAAAUGUCCCGAUGCGUCAUCCGAAGUUCGCACGAUCUUGCCAUUCGCCGUUCAGAUAGUCUACUCGGAAAAUUCAAAAUUGGAUUCCACAUGUAUUGGUCGCUUAUGAAGCUUUGUAUCUAUCAAUAUUACCUUCGUUUUAUCAACUAUCACUAGUUCUAUAGUUUUUUGAUUCUUGAUUUUUACCACCUCGAUUGUAGUCUGUGAUUUAAUUAGUGUAGGAUUUAUUGCAUUUCCAUUUUUGCUCACCUCUCCCCGGGUCAUGAAAUAAAAAACAGUGCCUUUUUAUUAAAUAAACCUUUUUUUAAACUG